CGGGAGCGGCGCCGCGCCGCGCACGGCUCGGCUCGGCCCGGCUCGGCCCGGCGGCGGUGGGCGGUCGGCGGUGGGCGGGCAGGCAUGGCCGGCGGCGGGACCGCGCAGGAGAAGAGCACGUUGCUGCACCUCUUCGCGGGAGGGUGUGGCGGGACGGUUGGCGCCAUCUUCACCUGCCCGUUGGAAGUGAUUAAGACAAGGCUGCAGUCUUCGAAACUGGCGUUCCGGGCAGUGUACUACCCUCAAGUCCACCUGGGGACCAUCAGCGGAGAAGGAAUGGUCCGGCCUGCCUCUGUCUCUCCGGGCCUCAUUCGGAUUCUCAAGUCCAUUUUGGAAAAGGAGGGCCCGAGGUCUCUCUUUCGAGGGCUGGGACCAAACCUGGUUGGAGUGGCGCCGUCAAGGGCCGUCUACUUUGCCUGCUACUCCAAGGCCAAGGAGCACUUCAACAACGUGUUCGAGCCUGGCAGCAACACUGUCCACAUCUGCUCAGCCGGCUCUGCAGCCUUUAUCACAAAUUCCCUGAUGAAUCCCAUUUGGAUGGUUAAAACCAGAAUGCAGCUAGAAAGGAGAGUCAGAGGGCUGAGGCAGAGAAACACUGUGCAGUGUGCUCGGUAUGUUUACCAGACAGAAGGCAUCCGCGGCUUCUACCGGGGCCUCACCGCGUCCUACGCCGGCAUUUCGGAGACCAUCAUCUGCUUUGCCAUCUACGAGAGCUUGAAGCAGCACAUGCGUGAGCUCCACUUGACCCCUUCUGCUGGCGGGCCAGAGACAAAGUCCACCAAUUUUUUGGGGCUGAUGGCAGCUGCUGCUAUUUCGAAGGGCUGCGCUUCCUGCAUCGCUUACCCACACGAGGUUAUACGGACGAGACUACGGGAGGAAGGCACCAAAUAUAAGACAUUCGUGCAGACGGCGCGGGUGGUGUUCCAGGAAGAAGGUUACCUCGCAUUCUACAGAGGACUUUUUGCCCAGCUCAUGAGGCAGAUCCCAAACACAGCUAUUGUGCUGUCUACCUACGAGUUAAUAGUAUACCUGUUAGAAGACCGAGUUAAGUAGCAGACCAAGACUGGUUUUUUAAAAAAAUGAAAACACAGACACAUAUGCAAAUCCACAGAGACAAACGCCACAAAGACCCUUUCCAGUAGUAAUACAGGGCUAAGACAGAGUUGAAAAGUGACAGGCUGCUUCUUUGACACACUUAAGUGUUCCCCCCCCCCCCCGACCAACAACUUUCUAUGUGUACGUGUGCGCCCUUCUGGAGCCGUGCUUUCUGAAAUGUGUUUUUUGUCCAUGUUAAUAGAUAAAAUAAUUAUUUCUUUUUUUAACUUAAAGAGGCAAACCUCUGAAAUUAAAACGACGAUUAAAUUAAAUCACACUAUUUAAUUUAUACAUCAA